CACCUGGCAGUGGAGAGUCUGACUGGUUAGGAGUAUGACUAAAUUCAGGGUGAGAGUAUCCACCGGGGAGGCCUUUGGGGCUGGCACCUGGGACAAGGUGUCUGUCAGCAUCGUGGGAACCCAGGGAGAGAGCCCUUUAGUGCCUUUGGACCGUCUGGGCAAGGAGUUCACUGCCGGAGCUGAAGAGGACUUCGAGGUGACGCUCCCCCAGGAUGUUGGCGCUGUGCUGAUGCUGCGCGUACACAAGGAACCCCCGAAGCUGCCUCUCCCGCUUGGGUCCCUCCGAUCUGACGCCUGGUUCUGCCGCUGGUUCCAGCUAGAGUGGCUUCCCGGGGCUGCACUCCGCUUCCCGUGCUAUCAGUGGCUGGAAGGCGAGGGGGACCUGGUGCUGCGAGAGGGAGCAGCCAAGGUCUCCCAAGAAGACCACCACCCUGCGCUCCAGCACCAGCGUCAAGAGGAGCUGAAGGCCAGGAAGGAGAUGUACAGCUGGAAGACUUACGCUGAAGGCUGGCCUCGCUGCCUCGACCACGCGACUGUGAAAGACUUGGACCUCAACAUCAAGUACUCCGCGGUCAAGAGUGCCAGAUUCUACUUUAAAGUUCAUUCUGCGUUUACAGAGAUGAAAAUCAAAGGGUUCGUGGACCGCACAGGACUCUGGAGGAGUCUGAGGGAGAUGAGAAGGAUGUUUAACUUCCACAAGACUCCUGCGGCAGAGUAUGUGUUCGCGCACUGGCAGGAAGACGCCUUCUUUGCCUCCCAGUUCCUAAAUGGCCUCAACCCGGUCCUGAUCCGCCGCUGUCACAGCCUCCCAAAGAACUUUCCAGUCACUGAUGAAAUGGUGGCCCCAGUGCUGGGCCCUGGGACCAGUCUGCAGGCUGAACUGGAGAAGGGCUCCCUGUUCUUGGUGGAUCAUGGCAUCCUUUCUGGAGUCCAAACCAAUGUCGUCAACGGAAAGCCUCAGUUCUCUGCAGCCCCAAUGACCCUGCUAUACCAGCGCUCAGGGUCUGGGCCUCUGCUCCCGCUCGCCAUCCAGCUCAAACAGACCCCCGGACCUGAUAACCCCAUCUUCUUGCCCAGCGAUGACAAGUGGGACUGGCUACUGGCCAAGACUUGGGUGCGCAACGCCGAGUUUUCUGUCCACGAGGCCCUCACGCAUCUGCUGCAUGCGCACCUGCUGCCUGAAGUCUUUGCCCUGGCCACGCUGCGGCAGCUGCCCCACUGCCACCCUCUCUUCAAGCUGCUGAUUCCCCACAUUCGGUACACACUACACAUCAACACGCUUGCCCGCAAGCUGCUCAUUGCCCCUGGGCAGGUGGUGGACAGGUCCACAGGCCUCGGCAUUGGAGGAUUCUCCGAGCUGAUAAAAAGAAACAUGGAGCAGUUGAACUAUUCUGUCCUAUGCUUCCCUGAAGAUAUCCGAGCCCGAGACGUGGAGGACAUCCCGGGCUACUAUUACCGGGAUGAUGGGAUGCAGAUCUGGGGGGCGGUAAAGAGCUUUGUCUCUGAGAUAGUCAGCAUCUACUAUCCCAGUGAUGUGUCUGUGCGAGAGGACGAAGAGCUGCAGGCCUGGGUGCGGGAGAUCUUCUCUGAGGGCUUCCUCAGCCGAGAAAGCUCAGGUAUGCCCUCCUUGUUGGAUACCCAAGAAGCCCUGGUCCAGUAUGUCACCAUGGUGAUAUUCACCUGUUCAGCCAAGCACACAGCUGUCAGUGCAGGCCAGUUUGACUCCUGUGUUUGGAUGCCCAACCUGCCACCUACCAUGCAGCUACCGCCACCUACUUCCAAAGGCCAGGCUCAGCCUGAGAGUUUCAUAGCCACUCUCCCGCCAGUCAAUGCCACAUGUGACGUCAUCAUUGCCCUCUGGAUGCUAAGCAAGGAUCCCGGAGACGGAAGGCCUCUUGGCCACUAUCCAGAUGAACACUUCACAGAGGAUGCCCCACGGCGAAGUAUGGCUGCCUUCCAGAGACAGCUGAUCCAGAUCUCUAAGGGUAUUGCGGAGCGGAACCGAGGCCUGGCACUGCCCUAUACCUACCUGGACCCUCCUCUCAUUGAGAACAGCGUCUCUAUCUAAAAUCCUGGAGAAGAGGGUUCCAUGCCACCUACAGACCCCUUGACCAUAUCACUCCAAGCGGAGUGUCACCCAGAGAAAAGUGUCUUUCAAAAUGUACGGGUCCCCACAGCCAGGCCCCAUCUAACUCACCUGUGAACACAUCUACACAACUAAUAAAACCAAGGCAGACAAGUCUAAACUCCUCAGAAGACAGGACCUCACAGGACAGGGAUACUGAAAUGUUUGGAGACACCGAGGCUCAGCUCUGAUGAAGGGCUUUGUGAGUUUGCUUUGCUUGCGUCCCAUUAACCAUGAACUGUCACACAAGCAUAGAAUCCUGUCCUACUGCCCACAGUCAGUGAGACCUCACAGUCAUCACCUCGGACAGGCUUCUCAACAAAACAGGAAGCAGCCCAAACAAAACCUAUCAAGAGAUCCAUUGUCACCUACAGGCUGGCCUUAAAAAUGAAUAGAACACUGAGAAGGUGUUACCAAGAGGUAGAUUGUCACCUACAGGCUCACCUUGAAUAGAACACUGAGAAGGGGUUAUUGGAGGUCAGGCGCAAAGACAAGGAUGGGCUGAACACAAGGCUCUGUGGUUAAGAGCACUGACUGCUCUUCCAGAGGACCAGGAUGGCUCAUAACUGUGUGUAAUUACAAUUCCAUGGAAUCAAACACCCUUUUCUGGCCACCAGGCAUGCAGGCAUAAUGUCCAUAUACAUAAAAAUUAGGUUUGGGGUUUUUGUUCUUAAAAGAGGAGGGAAGACUACCAGGGCCAUUUCUAGCCCACCACUUCUCCAAGCCUCCCCCAAAAUGAACUGGAAAGUAGGUCCCGUUUCCAGAGAAUUAGGAAUAUGAACAGACCUCUAAUGCUUUGCCCUCGAAAUUCCAUCUUCAUUC